AUGAAUUCAAACACUUUUCAUACUUCGUUCGAAGUUAACUCGGGCCGCCCACAUCAAGAAAAACAGUUUAACGGUGACCAGCAAGGUAACGCUACACAAAAUGACAACAAUACUUCUGUCAGUGUUGCCUCCUCAGCUGAAGAAAGAGUCUGGCUAAACAUCCAUGUUUGUCAGAUUCUGUUGUCCGUUUACAGUAUUCCUGUGUUAUGUGAAAUUACAAAUGAGGAUAUUUCUAUUAACCGUGUACGAACUGCUAUAUUGAAUGUUAUUCGAAAACAUGCACUAUUCCGUACGUCAUUGAAUUAUAACAACGAGGAAAAAUGCUUAAAGCAAUCAUUCAAAUUCACGUCAAGUGUGAUCGAUGUUAAUCAUGAUGAUUAUUAUUCAUUUCAGUUUACGCGGGUAUCAACAACGGAAGAAUUUGAUCAAAUAGUUGAGUUCGAAACUAACGGUAACCAUUUUAAUAUAGAAACGGGUAUUGUUUUGAAAUGUCAUAUUGUGAAAUACAAUAGUAAAAGUGAUGAUAUGUUAGAUACCGGAGACUAUAUUAUAUUCAAUUUUCACCGUGUUGCAGUGGAUAGGCUUUCAAUAAAAUCCUUUUUUAAAGAUUUGCAAGAUGCUUAUAUGGAUACGCUAGAAAGCAUAACGAACAUGGUAAGCUAUCUUGAUUACGCGACCAAAGAGAAACAAAUACUAAACGAUCAUCCCUUGGACUUGACGAUAAACGAAGGAAGGAAAUACUGGCACAAUAUGCUAAGAGACUUUGAUGCUACAAAAUUGAUACCAUUACCAUACGAUCAUCCAGAAAAACUAAGCGAAAAACGUUCUACGAUGGAAGGUAAUUCAUCGAUUGAACUUACCGAAAUAUUAACAGAGAAUAUCAUCAAAUUUUCCAUGGACUGUAAUGUGUCUAUGUUUCAAUUAUUGUUAACAUGUUAUAGUUUAUUUUUACACAAAAUAACACACGAAAAUGAUAUUUGCAUUGGUGGUCUUAAUGCAAGCCAUCCUAACUCAAAAUUCGUAAAUGUGAUUGGAACCUUUAUCAACAUUGUGCCUUACCGCUCGUCUUUCAUUGACUCCAGAACAAAUUUCAAAGAUUUAGUUGAAAAAAUGAAAAAAGAAUGGGUUGACACUCAUAAAUACUCUUAUUUGCCAUUUCAGGAAAUAAUGAAGCUAGUGCGUUCCAAUACCUCAGAAAACUCUCAAAUACAACAAUUCCCCCAAACGUUAUUUACCUAUGAAAAUACUCAGGACACUCCUAUAAAACUCCUAGAUACCAAAUGCAAAAUCUACAACGACAAUGAUAUCUUACGUUCUCGAAACACGGGGCAGAUCGACUUAACAUUAUCGUUGAAAACCAAUAUUUCUCGUGUUACAAACAAACUCUGUUUAUUCGGUUCAUUCGAGUAUUCCUGUGAUUUAUUUGAACUAGGAACAAUCGCCAUUAUGACUGAUCGAUUUCGGUUAUUACUCGAACAAUUAUUUUUGCCAACAAAAUUAUCAUUAUCCUUCGAUAUUGAAAAACAACCUAUCUGUGAACUGUCUUUAUUGUUACCAGAAGAAAUAGAGUUGAUACAGAAUAUAAACGAUACAUAUACUGAUUUUGGUGGAAUUCAGUGUAUCCAUCAGGAAUUUGUUCGCCACGCGAUGGAGCAUCCCCAAAAACUAUGCAUUCAUCUAGAUGAUCAAUCUUUAACAUACAGUGAAACAUUAUAUUAUGUUCAACGUUUAUCAAUGCAUUUACUCAACGAAUUUAACAUCAGGGUGGGCGACAGCAUUUGUCAAUGUGUUGAGCGGUCAAUCGAAAUGGUUAUUGGGGCCUUUGCAAUCAUCACUAGUGGGGCAGUUUAUUGCCCAUUGAAUCCAAAUGAUGCUGUAGAACGACUGCAAAUGUUGAUUCGUGACACUCAUUCUCAACUUGUGCUAACACAUUCACAAACAAAUGACAAGUUUAAUACUUAUUUGGAUAUCGAACAGUUUUUGCUAAAUGAGCAUGCGGGUAAAGAUAGUUUUGCAUUGGAUGUUCUGUCGAAGGUGAACGUGAUAGUUGAUAAUAUCGUUUAUGUUAUAUUCACGUCUGGCUCAACAGGUACACCGAAGGCAGUGCGAAUUCGUCAUUCGAAUUUCAAGUCGUAUGCCGACGCGAUGUGCUAUUUGAACUUAUUUUCUUCUACUGAUAAUAUUAUACAACUAGCGCAGUGUUCAUUUGAUGUUCACAUGGAGGAAUUAUUAAGUCCAAUGACUAUAGGUGCCGCCUUGAUCAUGCUUCAUCCGAAUGGACACUUGGACCUGGACUAUUUGUCAAGAGUGAUGCAGGAUAAACAAGUAACUUGA